AUGCUGAGUCAGAAACAUUUCAAUGAUGCAAAUUUUACUGAUGAUUCUAAGAAGAAGCUACUCAGAACUGCUGUCCCAUCUCCUGCUUUGGAAAAAGAUCACCUUAAUCCCAAUAUCAAGCAGAAAAUUAAAGUAAAAUUAGCUGCACAGGUGUUAAGUCAUACUGUUUCGGGAGGAAUGUAUGCAAAAAUAUUUGCAGGAGAACUCACUGCGAAUGCUACUGUCACCGCAAAUCUUAUAUUCAUGUGUUGUCCACAUCUCAAAUGUUUUGAGGAAAUGAAAAAGUUCUUUUCAACUAUGAAAUAUCGAUAUAAAAGUCUCCUUGAAAACACC